AUGGCCACUUCUCCUGCAGACGGCGUCUCCAUACGGACGGUCAGACUCAAAGUCCUCUACACAUUUGAUUCGGAGCAAAAGGACAACCACCUUGCACGAUGGCCUCAAUCCUUGGAAGUCCAGACUGCUUUCAUCGACGACGUCAGUCAGAUCGGGGUGAUCGACCUGCGGACGUGUUUGGAAGCUGUCACGACUGCGAGUCCUGAACUCACCACGCUCGUCGAUAAUGACUACACGAUCUACGCAUAUGAUUACUCAGAGCCCGAUACACCCUUGGUCGGACAAGGGAUGUUAUCAAAAGCACUAUCUGGUCAGGCUCAAAGCACGGGCGCUGAUAGCGAGGCCAUGGUCACGGGCAAGAUCUCCAAAAACAUCAUGGGUUUAUUCUCCAAGAAUGCUCAAGAGACGCUGGAAGUCAAACUUCGAUUUACACCCGUCAACGCAUUUACCCAGACCAGAUAUCGCUCCGGCAGUGUCAGCUCACAAGAUGGGAUGCGACCUCAGUGGAGCAACAGCGCUUCUCUACAGUCAUUGCAGGGGUCAGCUUCGCCGAUUGAUACUUCAGGACUAGAGACGAUGCAGAGAAUGCUGAACGGCGAGACGCUGUACGGAUCAGGGUCAGGCAGUAGACCUGGAACGCCGACAACAACACAGCAUCUCGGUCAACUUGGGCGGCAGUCCGGCCAUUCAUCUCGGCCUCAUUCCAGGACGGGAAUGCGUCAGGCUUCUGAAGGCAGGCGUGAAUCGUUCCAAUCAGGAUAUUACAGCGGAGACGAGAACGGAGAAGAAGGUCCCGCAAGAAAGAGAGCGAAGAUCACAAAGGUUGACUUGCCGACAAAGUCGAGUUUCAACAUCGAACGGCAACCCGAAUCGCUAAGAGUCGUUGCAAGCACUGCAUCAAGCCUUCGGCUUCAUCGCCCAAUUGCUGUAAAUCCUGCAAUAGCUGUUCAACCCAAUUUUCAAAAUGAAGAAACUGCGAGGCCACCUACACCAAUUCCCGCCUCGAAAACAGCUAAACCACGAGGAAGACCAGGAAGACCACGAAAGAAUCCCCCAAGCAAUUUGGCACAGGGAUCUCAAAUUAGGGAAUCAUCUCCAGCAGCAGACGUGGGUCCUCGGCCUGAACUCCUUGCUGUGCCUAUUGCCUCGCCCGAGGACACUCGAGGUCAGAGUGUCGGCAGUACACCGGCCAAUAUUCCGUCAUCGCCACCUGUUAUGCCAGAAUUUCGACAGCCAGCGGUUACUAGCCCCGUCCUUCCGCCUGUAAUGGGUUCCUCCGGACAUGACUCAGGUUUUAUGAGUGGUAACCUCGAAGACCUCUUUGGAGAUGAUCAAUUAUUGCAGUUUGAGGACUUCAUCCUGGAUAAACCGGAGGAUCAAGAUGAGGAAGUUUGUCAAGGAAAGCAGCGCCCAACCGAUCCAUAUCCUCCAGUCUUUGAAGAGGGUCACGAGAUCGAAGCACAAUCUGCACAGGCUGGGUAUAACAUCAUGCCCCCACCGCUUCCCGUCACAUCAAAGCCGCUGGCUAGAGCCCGAUCGUACACUCCAGUACCAACGCCACGAAUCAGCAUGUCAUCUCCACGAUUAGCCCCGGCCCCCAUUCCAAGAGCCCGGCAGAUCAUGGAAGAGCAACGUGAGCAACAACGCAAGAUUGCCCCUGCACCUCUUGUUCCGAAGAGUGAUCCCGCGCCCAGAGCACUACAUCGGGCGCAAACGUGGGCACCUGACAGCGAUAUUCCCAUGUCAGAUGCGCCUGGGGGUGAUGAGUCGAGGGUGAAGGCCGCGUCCAAAAAGAAGGUUGGCAAGGAGCAGACCAAGGCGAGAUUAGAGAACGCAAUUGCAAAUGGGAUAAUGCCACCUUUCUGUGACAAUUGCGGCUCAAUAGAGACUCCGGCGUGGAGAAGAGCCUAUGUCAAAAUUUUCGAUUGCUCUUGGGAUGAUGUUGAGACGUCUCUGAACCAUGGUGAAUGCUGCUUCAAGGAACCCAUUGACCACAAUCCCGAUGGAAGUGUGAAAACCUUCCGAGGUUACAAGGUGGACAGGCGACAAGGCGAUGAAGCGGAUGAUUGGGAGGCCAUUACAUUGUGCAAUCCGUGCGGUUUGUGGUUUCACAAGCAGAAGUGCCCUCGGCCUGCAUCGAAAUGGCAAAAGAAAGAUCCCAAGGAGAAGGGCAAACGCAAACGAAAUCCACCCAAACCCUUUGGGAAGUCCAGCGGAAAUCCUGGCCUCAGAAGCGAUGCCCAGAGUCCUGCCAGCGACGACUCCUCUCCGGGUGACUCGGCCACGGAAGCUCCUGAUGCGGAAGAAAAUGACACUGAAAUCUCUCAAAACGGCAAUACUGCUGCUGACGAUAGCGAACCGCAACUGCCCCCAAUCCCGCGUUCAUUACGGGCAAACAGCGCCGAUCCGGGAGCUAGAGGUCUGCGGGCUGGAACCCGUCACCAGACUGGUGGCAGACAGGUCCAAUCCAGUCCUACACGUGGCCAUGGGUCAGAAGAUUUUCCUGUCGAGAUCGACCUCACACCGAAGCCUGUCCGGAGGCAAUUGUUCCCGUCGCCAGACAAACCGCAGCUAUGCUCUGGUUCUGGGCCGGCAAGUACAGCCAUGCAUAGCUCCUUGCCAGCUUUUGUGAGACGGAGCCCCAGACUCAACAAAACUAGGGAUGCCUUCGCAGUACCGGCAGCAGCUGUUGAACUGCAAGUCGACGGAAAGGAGAACGUGGCGCCAGUACCUGCUGUGGUUGAUGAUGGUCUCGCGGAACUGUUCGAGGAGGGGCACACCGAUAUUCAAUUACCACCCAUGACCCCAACGCCCAAGAGACGAUCUGAACGAAUCCUACUUAAGACACCCUCGAAGACACCGCAACGUCAAUUCGGUGCCAUGUUGUCUCCCAACCUCGAGCAAUCUCCUCAUUUCCGAACCCCAAAGGCCAAGCAGGAUCUCCAUCCUGCUCUUACUGCGCUACUUGGUACUGGGCAAAAAGACGUGCACCAAAUGACACCUUUCACGCGCUCGAUUCAUGAAGCCUUGACCAGUGAUCGCCCACUAGGCAUAAACCUGACGGAGGAAGACAAGGCUCUCUUACGGGACUGUGAGAAAAAGGCAACCCCUCAGAAGGCUAUAUCAUUCGACUUUCCUGAUUUGCCGUCUCUCAAAAAUUCUUCCCCGAUAUCGGGUGACCAGCUCUUGAACUUCUCCUUCUCGGAAAUGACAACAGAUCAGUUGACAAGUGAUCUGAUUGAUCCUUUCACCAACACCGCCAUGACGAGUUCGCCCCCUCCAGGCUUUUUCAGCUAUUUCGACACCGCGGACGUGGAGAACGGCGUCAAUUCGAUGUGGGAGAGUUUGGUUGAUGUGAAUGCAGCUUAUCAGUCUGGGCAAUCCGCAUAUCCUGACCCUGAAACAUUGGCUAUUCCAAGAGCUGUGCCUCAAGGAGUGCGGAGAAGUCCAAGAAGACAGAACGCGAAAUGA